CCAAGCGCCUACAAGCUAGACAAUUAGCGAACGUCAAACAAAUUCGUUACAAGAGUCGUUGAGUUGUUACGCUUUUACGCGGUGAUUGCCAGAAUUUCCACCGAUUCCGGCACAAGCUACAGACGAAACAUAUUUAGUGUUUAAAAAGCUCGUUUCAACCUGACUAGAAUAUAAUAGAAAAACGAAUACGCGCACGUUUGUGACAACUGUUCACUAUAUGUGACUAAUUGCACAAACACAGUGCGUAACCUCUUCAUCAAAACUAACAACGAGUCAAGUGUAACGAAAAACGGCGAUUCGUAGUUUAUCGCGUCAUGAAUCAGAACGAUGUUGCAAGCUACAUCUCAUCGAAGAAGAUGUUACAUCUACGCGAUGGUUUGGAUUCGACGCUGUCUACGAUUAACGAGUCGUUCAUGACCGCUGAUGAAAGCGGCAACAAUUCCACGCAGUUUUUCUCAGUGUUGGAGGACAGCACCACAGAGACAAUCUUAAAUGAUAUCACUUAUGAUAAUUUAGAGAUAGAUGACAGGGAGUUCACGCUUUCGAACGCUACUGCAGAGAGUACAAUUGGUAAACAGGAGGAACUUGAGGAAGAGAUUCCUGAGGAUCAGGAGUUGAUUAUUUUCAAGUCACCACACUCUUCAAAGUUAUAUGGGCUGCAAAGUACACAAGAUGAAGAGGGUAAUCUGCUUAAAUAUCAGUAUGAAGUGUUGCAAAACGAAGAUGGUCAAUUUGAAAGUAUUCCCGGCACAAUUGAACUGGUACCUUAUGAUACAACACCCGCGAGUGUAAUCCGAAAUAUCGAGUCACUUGAAGCACAAGAAGUAGGCGAAGCACUUUCCCAACACGAUAGCAUCGCCAACAACAAUGAGAACUGUGAUGAAACCGAAAAUGAUCAAAUGAACAUCAAACAAGAAGUAGAACAAAAAGUUACAGAUGUCUACAUAACCGGAGACACUGAUGUUGACGCUAAACUGCAGUUUGAAUAUCAAGAAGGUCAGGAACAAGAACAAAUGGUGCAUGAAAACGAAACUUCUGAUAGUCAGCGUGUAGCACAUCAAGUAUUUGAUGGUUUAUGCAUGAAUCUAGAGGAAGAACGAGAAGGCACACAGGAAGAUCCACUACAGGAUCGAUAUAUACCCGAUUGUUCUAUUGAGUAUGAAGAACCCUUUCAAACUGAUCAAAAUGAGGAUAAUCAGGGGGCGGAGAAUGAAGAUGAGGAAACUCGUGUUCCUGUUAAGCAGGGAAUACUUGAAAGUGCUCUGGAAGGCAUUUACUCUCCUGUUAAAUCAGAAAAUCCAAUGGAACUAUAUGUCCAUGAUGAGGAAGAUCAACCAGGUGACCUUGAGGUGGAAGAACCCGUUGUAGAAGAGGAGGAAGAAGAUGAACAGGUUAUUCAUUUCCAGAAAAUUCAGACUCAAACUCGUCCGGGUCAUAGAACAAUUGCAUUAUAUCCCAUUGGUAAAGAGGUUUCAAAGCAGGUAAUUGCGACUAUUGAAUUACCCUGUAGGUCAUAUCCCAAAUUGAUUGUGAGUGAUACAGGCGCACCUUUAAAGUGUCUUAACAGUUUGAAAAGAUCGCAUGGUGUUUCGAAUUCGUUGGUGAUAUCACCACAAAAGGAAAAUCUUGAAGUAAAAGCAGUUUCCAUUGGUGUAAUAAAGAAAAACAACGUUAGACGCACACUUGUGAAGAAAACUGACAUUUCUUUGGAGAAUUUAGUUAUUGAAGAUAAUAGCACGUCAACAAAGCAACCAGAGAGAUACAAAUCGGAGCGGGAUAAAAAGAAGCAUCCGUCUUGGAAUGUCAACAAAAUGAUUUCACAGACGAAGAUUAUAGAAGCACCGAUUAGGCAGGAACGUUUACCUAGGAAGCAGAAGAUUAAACCAUUGGAGAGACUUGGCGAGGAGUUAGUUUUUCAGCAUGUUACUGUCACGGCGAAUGGCGUCGUUGAGACUAAAGUGGAUGGAAUUGUCCGAGAUAGGAAGGUUCUGCAACCAAGUGAAUGUAUUCAUUUAUCUGAUAAUGAGGAUGAAUUCGAGCGGAAAACUCGCAAGCGAAAUUCGAAAAGGAAGCAGAUACAGAUUGUUAUUAGUGAUUCAGAUGAUGAGAGCUUAGAAACACCGAAAGAAGAUGAAACACCAGGAAAGUGGGACGAAAAUAAGGAGGAACCUGAGGAAACAUCAUCGGAGUCAAAUGAAAAAGAAACAAAUGAAUGCCCAAAAUGUUCGAAAACUUUUCCGAGUGCCGGUAGUCUAAAGACACACCUCCAAUUUCAUACUUUAGAAGAAUUAAAAACAAUCGAUUCGAAGGAAGCAAAAGGUAAACAUGUCUGUUCUAUUUGUUCAGAGACAUUUAUAAAUGCCUUCCUAAAGAAUAAACACGAACAAUUGCAUAAAGCACGGACGAGAAACGAAUGUGCGGUGUGUAAAAAACUGUUUAAAAACUCAAUGGCUUUAAAUGUUCAUCAGAGAUCGCAUGCGAAGGAUAAUUCAGGUCAGACUUCCGCGAAUUCAAAUGUAGUCAAGAGGAGGUCUUUAAGGAGUUAUGACAAAUCUUUACAACCGAAACCAGCACAGUUUUCAUCAUCGAGAGUGACACGAAAUGCUUUAAAUUCAAAUUCUAACAAAGUCGAUAGUGAGAAGGGCAAAACACAAGAGAAUAAAGCCCGAUUAUCACAUAUAGUCCCUAGGAAAACCAUUUUGGCAAAAAGAACAUCAUUAAUACCUACAAAACUGAUAGCGGUAGGAACAUUGAUGCCACCACCUGCAACGACUCGAAAACCCACAUUGCCCACAAUUUCAACCCGUAGGUCAAUAUUACCUUCAAAGAUGGCACCUGCUCGAUCAAGUAUGACAACGCGCGCUUCAAUCAGCAACCAGACGAAACCUUCAACUUCUACUCGUCUAUCAAUCUCAAAAAUGUUCAAAUGUUUGACUUGCAAUCGCGUAUUUUCAAACAAAAUACUUUUGGACACGCAUAUUAUUAAAAACUGCGUCAAAUCACCACGACGGCCAUUGAGAUCACAACCAACCGAAUCAAUACCUUCAGAAAACAAUAAAUUAAACAUCACUAGUGCCUCCACAUCAAGAAACACCUCCACACGUUUAUCAACAAAUUUAAUUGGUCGACACCAAACUAGGUCGCAUUCUACGUCGAUGAUCAACGAGAAUGUGUCGAAUAUGUCUCUGGCUAAUUUCAAGUCCACCUCGAGUUUAAAUUUGACCAUUGGUGAAAACAGAAAGAAUUCCAGUAGUACGAAAAAGAUGCCUUUGUCUGCACGUCACCGGAUUACAACGAAUGCGGGCAUUCCUGCGAUGGGCAUGCGGCAUAGCUUCCUGAACUUCAAGCGGAAACUCAUGGAGAAGGACAGCGACAGUGAACAGGAAACGGACAGUGUAUUUCAAUAACACAAGGGGAACCAAUUAAAAGUUAGAAUUACAAGUUUAAAGUGAAUAUGCCGCGUGUGAUCGAUUUACAAUUGAUGAAUUCUGCGUCUCACGCGUGGCGUUCACAUAUUUUAUAUAAAAAUUAGUACUACUUUGAGAGAGGAUUAACGAUGUGUAAGAUGUACAGUGUUUUAAAUGCUUGUCUUAAUAUUUGUACUGAACGUUAAUAUGUAAUUGAUAAAAUAUUUAGUAAAUGACACGAACAGUUUGUGUUCUCAAACUA